GGUCUUGGCCAAUUUAUUAGCAAGAUGAACGAAGUGUUGUUUGACGUUGUUUGAUGUGUCGUUGAAGGUUAGGAUCGUUAGGAUUAUAGUCCAUUCGUGAAAGUAUUAGGGGGAGUUAUUAAUAAUUGAGAACUUCAUUGAUCAUAUCUGAUAUAAAAGGAAACUGGCAAAAUGGACAGAGGAAAGGCAUCACAGGGGCGUGGUGCCAAAACCAAAACCCAACAGUAUCCAGCUGAUCUCUUUGCCCUGGGUUCCAAGUCUUCCAGAAUGGAAGGUGGUGAAGCAAAGCGCACUGGAGUGGUGCAUGGUAAACCAGGGGGCUCUCACUCAUUCUCAAGUACAGACAGAAAGAGAGAAACUGUUGGUGGACCUAUACCACCUAUUCCUCCAAAGAAGACAAAAGUGGGUGCACCAUCAAUAUUGGGCCGAGUUGGUGGUAGUGGUAGCAGCGGUGGUGCAGAAGCAUGGGAGAUGGUGGCAGUGGAAUGUGAGCCAGCGGAGCUUGUACCAGCAGUGCUUGAAGCUUGCAACUUGGAUGAAGGAGAUAAGGAGAUUGGUCUUUUGUGUGGUGCAAUUAGAACUCUGCGAAGUCAACGGUGGAAACCAGAUUCACUUUUAUAUCUUGGCUUGCUGUAUCUUGGGAAAUUGCGACCAUCGUUAUUUGCUGGGGACUGUGUUAUGCAUGCUUUAUGUAGUUUACUACGACGAGAUACAUCACAUAACUUCAAAAGCAAAGGAAAUCCUCUGGUUCCUGUCCUAGCAGCAAACCUACUUCUUCGAGGAUUUCAAGACAAGAAAAUUUGGCCUGAUGUUUUCAUAAAGUUAUAUGUAGAAGAUUCACUUGGAGAUCGAGUAUGGGUUGAUCAUGAAGACUGUGCAGGCUUUGUGAACAAUAUUUUGACUGCUAUCAACAGUCGUAUUCCUCCACGAUCAUUGCUGCAGCCUGAUUUGGUAGGACUGCCUGGCUCAAGAGGAGAAUCAUGCCCCUCUCCAUCUACUGUGGGAAUGGAUGAAGAGGGAGGUGAAGGGUCUGCAGGAAGUGGCGAUGCAGGGCUGUCUGCUGAUCUCAAGGAAAAGAUGGAUAUUCCUGUUCUACCAAGGUAUGUAGGUGCACAAGAAGCAGUGGAACAGAUAGUAAUGGAUGCAGUGAGAGAGCAGUUGAAUAGAAGGCAGCCUGCAGAGAAUAUAACCCGCAACUUCCUGCGGCUUCUGUCUGCAUCCUGUGGCUUGGUUGAGGUUCGUGUGACAGCUGCUCCGCGGCUUGAGAUGUGGUUGCAGAAUCCAAAACUGAUGCGCCCUGCACAGGAAGUCCUCAUGUCUGUAUGUCUAAACUGUAGCACACAUACACAAAGAGAUGUUGAGGUUAUCUCACAGCUUGUGAAGAUAAGGCUCAAAACCAAAGCUCUUAUCAAUCUCUACCUAUCCUGCAUCAGGGAAUUAAUAACUGCCCAUCCAGACAACCUGGCUACAGUACUGAAGCAUACCAUCUACAACGAGUUGUCAACUGCUCGUAAUCCCAACAAUAUGGCGAUGAUAUCAGUGAUGUUCCAGUCUGCCCCUGAUGCAGCUGCAACUCUCCUUGCUGAGAUAUUCCAGGAUUUGUUAAUGAAUCGUGAAGAUUAUCUUCGUCCCAUUCGUGCCCUCUUAAGGGAGAUUGUUCGUGUAUUGAGACAUGACAUCAACAUAUCGGCUCUCUGUAGAGGACUGAUGCUCGACAGAAAGGAUUCUGCUCCACAGUUCCGUGAUUUUGAAUUUAAGGAACGUAUGUUUGUGUCCAUAACGGACCUGAUUACCCUGUGCACCCUUCUUGCCAUCUCUCCUGCAGUGAGGGAAGCAGCAGCCCUCUUAGCACGUGGAGAUAAGAGAGAGAUUGCUGUGUUACAUAAUUUCCAACUCCUUGUGGCAAAAAUUGAGCGUGAUGCAGUAUGGUGGUUGCAUGAAACUGUCCCUAGGAUGUAUCGACCCAGUGCGGCUGAAUUUGUCCAUGCUCUUCACAAGGUUUUGUUCAUGGAACACCCAGAGCAGUAUUAUAAUCGUGACAUGUGGCCACCAGAAAAUGAUCGUCCUUUGAUGUUUCGGUUGGCUUCAGAUGUGCCAGUUUUGCAGAACACCCUUAUUCGUAUAUUUGUCAUAGGAUUAUCAAAGGACCACCCUCUGGCACCUCCAGACACUUUGGAAUUAACCGAUCAGCUUUUGAAGAGGGCAGCUGCUCAAUCAUCAGAAAGUGUUCCCAUGUUGCAAGCUGAUAAACUUGAUAUCAUUGACCUUGUCUUUAAUUUGAGUGCAUAUCAUCAUCCAGAUAAUAUCAAUCUUCCUGCUGGAUACUGUCCACCUCAGUUAGCUAUAGCCAACUUGUACUGGAAAGGCUGGAUUAUGCUACUAAUCCUGUCAGCUCAUAAUCCAACUACAUUUGGAAGUGUAGCUUGGGAGAAAUACCCUACACUGCGCACAUUGAUGGAAAUGUGUAUUACUAAUCACUUCACGUAUCCUCCACCUACAAUUGCCAUGGGUGAGCAAGUGGAAGAGACAAAAGCUAAGGAACUGCAAAUAGCUGCACUUGAGAAACAGCAAAUUCUUGAAUUUGAGUCAUAUCUUGCUGCAGCAUCUACCAAGCAGACCAUCACUGAGCAAACCAGCCUUUUGCUUACACAGUUGAUAACAAUGGAUCCCACUGGGCCCCCACGUAAACCUCCACAAGCUGUUUUAGAGCAACUUCAGUCACUCAAUUCAACACAUCGGAUGGGUCAUCUGUUGUGUCGAAGUCGACAUCCAGACUUCCUUUUGGAUAUCAUUCAACGUCAAGGAGCAUCUCAGUCUAUGCCAUGGUUGGCUGACUUGGUAGAAAGUUCAGAAGGAGCCUUAAGCCACCUCCCUGUGCAGUGCUUGUGUGAGUUUCUGCUGAGUUCUGGCACUUUGCUGCAGCCUGAAAAGCAGCAUAAACACCAACAGCUAUUGGAGCAUUUACAGUCAGUGCUGACUGAUGUGAAGCAGGACCCUCAAGCCCCAUGUGAAGUGUUAGAGUACUUCCUGAGAAGGUUGAGCUCACCCCAGGCUGCCAGCAGAGCACAGGCUAUUAAAGGUUUAAAGUUGGUGUUAUCUUCUGUCGCAAUGGAAGAGGAGGCCAUGGAAAUAGACAACCAGCAAGAUCCUAAUGGUGACAACUCAUGGCUACUUCGUCAGCUGCCUCUGUUGCCACACUUCCGUGCUGUGCGCCCACAGGUGGUCCAAGCCCUGCGGCAAGCCUGCCAAGUGGAGAAUGACCCAGCAUUAGUCAGUAGUUAUAUCUACUUCUUGGCUCUUCACACAACACAUGACAGUCUGCCUGAACUGGCUGAUCUAGUUCUGGACAUGGCUCAACUAAUUGUGGAAAGAAGUUCGAUCAUUGCAGCGAUCUUGCCAGCAACAGACCAUGACAUUCCUGGAGCUCUCAGCACACAGAAUGCCCUUAUGCUUAUGUUCUGCUCAUACCUACAAAAGGCAAGAGAACCCAGACGGGAGGCCUAUACAUGGUCUGAAAGCCAGGAUCAGAUUUUGGUGACUUGGAGCACAGGAGAGGAGUCAACAAUGCACAUUCUGGUGGUGCAUGCCAUGAUCAUCUUGCUGAACUAUGGGCCAGGCCAGGAUUUGAAUCUCUUUGAGAGUCUGCUGGAAACUUGGUUCCCACUUGGAAAAGAGACUCCAAAAGCUUAUUUAGUGGAUACUUCAGAAGAAGCACUGCUGAUUCCUGACUGGCUGAAACUCAGGAUGAUUCGGUCCAAUGUAGAUCGUCUGGUGGAUGCAGCACUGACUGACUUGGAACCUCCUCAGCUGGUCCUUUUCAUUCAGUCCUUUGGAAUUCCAGUGAAAUCCAUGAGUACAUAUGUGAUGUUGGUGUUCAUGAUAUACAUAUACAGCAAACUUCUGCAUACGCUGGACCAAGCCGUGACCACAGACCCACUGUCUGUGGGUGAGGCUGUCUUGGACAAGAGCUAUAUGGCGCAGCUGGUUGAAGUUCAGCAUCACCGUGGUGCCACUGGAGGACAGAUGUUGGUGCAAGUUGUUCAACUGGAGCAGCCCAGAUUACCAGAUUAUUCUCGACUGUGUUCCACAACACAUCGACAAACCCUCCCUGUAACUGCAUUGUCAAAUAAAGAUGGUACAAAAGUGACAGAUCAGACAGAGGUGAAGCAAGUUGCUUCUGUGUUGCUGAAACUGUUUGGAAGUGGAACACUGGAACCUGAGUGGAAUAAGGCUGAAAAGCAACAAGCAUUUAGGACUCUGCAAAAGACAUUGGCAGUUGAACUUCAACAAUCAACAGGAGAAAAGAAGACACUGAAUUCAACAAUUGUAUUUUUCAAUGAAAUAUUAAAUUCAACAAGAUCAACAUCAUUUGUCAAUUCUCUGCUUCAGACACCACAGCUAGCAUGUCCCUUGUUACGCCUUAUGACUACAGCAGCUGUAAAAACUAGUAACCAAGAAGAUGUAGUGCAAUCUAUAAUAAGUAUUUGUCAAGACAUUAUGAGAAUUUCAGCAGGCAACAAAUCCUCGGUAAUGACCAUUGUUAAACACUUCUUACGCAAACAUACAUUGAAACAAGAACAGAAAUCUCAGGUGGUUCAGCUGUCAUCUACAGAAGACCCAUUACAAGUUCUUCAGCAGAGCCCUAUUUUAAAACUAGAACGAACUGGACAAUUGUUGCUGGAUGAAGGGUUAAAGCUACACAAUACAGAAAAACUGGUUGAAGCAAUGGGCAGGCUGUUACUGCAAGACACAACUGGUUUUCCAGCACAGACUGACAGCAUAUCGUCUGUAGCCAGACCUGAACGCACUGGUUUGCUAAUAGACUGGCUUGCGUCAUUUGAGCCUGAACUCAUUGGCUCAUGUACGUCAUUACAGAUGCAGCUUUUAUUUUCGAAGUCUCAUAACCAUCAAACUGCAGUUUCAAAAUCAGGGAGUUCAUCUACUCAGUCAUGUCGGCCAUAUCUGCUGACUCUGCUGACACAUCGAGCAAGUUGGGCAACAUUACACCACUGCUUACAGAAUUUGCUUAAUGAGUGUGAUCAGAAGUAUGAUCCAACAGCUGUACUUGACUUUCUGUGGGCCCUGACCUGUAAUCCCAAACUUUGGCAGGGUCGUGAGAAAUUUACACCCAAACACCAUUCUGCAGAAGACAUUCUGGGGCUGACGUCAGCUCAGACAUUGGCUUUGGUUGGCUACAUUGUUGAAGAAGCUCUUUUGACAGUUAGAGAAAGUGAAACUCAUUUACAACAGAUAGCCUUAGAUAAAAUGGAAUCUCGUCUUCCACUUUUACUGCAGUGUACCAGUGGUGGACAGGAGAUGGCAGCAGUUGCCAGAUACCUUGUUGAUAUUAUGUCUGCCAAAACAGGGACAAAGUCAGACAUUGCGCAUCAGUUACUGCUGAAAUUGUAUCUGCGAAUCCCUGGUCUGAUCCAUCAUCUUGUGGAUGUAGAACUGGACAAGUUCCUAGCAGGAGCCUGUGUUAAUGAGUGGAGUAGCAGUGUCCUGGAUGGUAUGUCACACACACUCUUCACUGCUCUUACUGCUACAUCACAGAGUAAAGACUGGACUCGACGUUCACAGGAAUAUGAACUUCUUGCCCGUAAAAUGGCAUCGGUGCACCCAAUAUUAGUAUUGAGGCAGCUACCUAUGUUGGCAGCAACAUUAAGAGGAAGAGUGCAUUUGGACUUCGCAGUGUUCCGAUCACGAAAUCAUCUAAACCUCUUCCAGCAAGUUGUAGGCAUUCUGGAGUUGUUGCAACCACACAUCUUCUUGCAGGAGUACUCAGAGGGCCUGGAAGAUACCUUACGCUCAUAUUUCGCUCUAUUUAAGUAUCACGGCCAUAUGAAGGAUCUUUUGUCUCUCCUCAACCGCUUCAUUUCGCUGCUCCAAGGUUUCAUCUCGUAUGAUGCUCAGAGAGCCUUGAAGUACUUACAGAAGCAUGCACAUGUCCUAAGUGAUCUGCAGAUUUUUCACCCAAAUUUGCCAAGUUUGCGUACUCUUCUGUCGGGCAUAUCUCUGCCCAAGACUGAUGAGGAGGGAGGUGAAAUUAUUGUUGCUGUGGCAGCUCCUCCCCCUGCAGCUGAUCCAUCACCUGUCUGGACUCCCAGGCUGGCUUCUCUCAGUAAGAUGCAAGGAGAUGACGUGUACACAGCUUUGCAAGAAUUAGAUCAUCUUUCAUCUCGCAAACCAUCAAUUCUGGACACAUUUUGUGAGCCCAUAUCGGAGUUGUUACUCUCACCUACCAGUAAUAUACGUACUCUGGCUCAUGUACUGUUGGCAAGACAUCUGCGACAUAACCCAGCAGCUGCCACAGUUGGCACAAGUUUGGCUGCUUUCCUGCGUUGUCUAGAGAGUGACCAGGCUGAUGUGCUGAACACUGCGUUAGAGAGACUCCCAGAAAUUGUACUGUGUGCUCAAGAACAUGCUUUACCACUGCUACAGAAGGUUUUCAACUUGGGAAUGUGUUCAAAUGUCAAUACUGUUCCACACAUCAGCAAAACCAUUGCAUUGCUCAAUGUUCAGACUGGAUGUUAGAAGACUGAACUCUAGGAUAAUGGAUUCUGUUCAGUCUGUUGCACAGUUUAAUUAAAUUUUAACCAUUUUAAUUUUAGAUAACUAUGUAUUUUAAAUCAAAAUAUAUUUAAUAUUGUUUAUUUAUAUUUUAAUGAUGAGAGAACUUAUUAUUAAAGCGUUCCUACACUAAUAUUUUGCCCAUUCCUUAUUUUGCCUACAAUUCAAUGAUUUCAGGACCUGCUGAGAACCUUGAACAGUUCCUGAUCAUGUAUGUGGAGGUGUUCUCUUGUUAGUGCUAAAUCUCACUCUGCUGUUUGAAUCACAGUGUAAUAUGCCGAAAAGGUGUUGCUGUAUAUGCUGAUCAUGAGACAGGUGAAUUACUCACUUUUGCUUUUGAUGAAUGUACAUCAUAUUUGCUUCAAUGUCUUGGUCCUUAUCCAUUGUCUAGGUUUAUUAUUAAAAUGCCACAUUCCAGAUGUUUCAUGUUCCCCUCAGAUUAGGUUCCCCCUUGCCACAAGACAGAAACACAAACAUACUCUGAAAUGUAUUGUUUUAUAAAUGAGGUUACAUAGUUACAUUGUUGUUAAACCAAGGUGAACUCAUUGAACAGCCAACAAAGAUGUCCUACUGUCUAAUUAUUUGUAGAACUCUGAUGGAAAAAUUCACUUGGAAGAAUGAGAAGGAAAUGGAAGACUUGAUAUUAUAGAAUGUGUGGAUAUGAAUUGGAUUGAACUGCCUCAAGAUCAUUUCCAAGGACAGGUUUUAAUAUUAUUAAUGUUGAGCUUCCAGAUUCUGUUACAGGAGAAUUAGUUACCUAGUCAGGCAUUCUUUGUGCAAAGUGAAAAGUAACACACUUUAUGGGUAAGUCAGGACUGUCCUUCCAUUUGUGACUGUUUAUUCUGUUAUUUUUAAAUGCUGUAUUGACUCUGACAGUUACCUGGCAUGGAAUGAGACAUGAGAACAGUUACAAAUUGAGGGAAGUAGUCUUGGUUUAGUUUGAUGUGCUAUCCUCUCAUUCACAAGAAGAACUUUGGGAAAAUCUUGAAAAAAUCCUUCAGGAUAAGUACCUGGCCGAGAUCUUAAGUUUGUAUCAUCUAAAAGCACAUCAGACAUGAAUAUGACACAGUAUCAGUGUCAUUAGUAAUGACUGGAUUUCUAUGAGACUUUAUGUUGCUCUGACUAAAAUAAAAUUUUAAAAUGGAAUCGCUUGGUUUGCUUGUGGGUUAUCUGAUGGUAUUCUGUCAGCUGCAGAAGCUUUUGUGUAGAACUAGAUAGAUAUUUUUAUGUCAUUCUUCAGCUCUGAAAAUUAUGUACAAUGUAAUAAAAAUUAUGUUACUUA